AUGAAAUUCGGUUUGCUAUUGUUGGUUUUUGUUAAAUUAGCUGUGGCAGUAGAUGAUGAUGAUUGUGUGGACUUGACUAGUUCUGCGAUAGAAAACGACGAUGACUGCGAAACACUGUCCUUUACGGGUACUUCCAGUAUAACCGCACCCCCAGUAAGCUCGGUGAGUGAUGGAGAGGACUGUGAAACUAGUGUUGAGCCCAGCGACGAAGAUUGCGAAACUGAAACCGUUUCUAGUUCGAGUGAAGAGCCUGAAUGCGACGAGCUGUCGCUGGUACCAGUGAGCUCGACAUCUGACGAGGAUGACUGCCUGGAAGUUUCAUCUUCAACUGUGGGCUCUUCCGUGGUUUCAUCCUCGUCGGUGGUUUUUACGUCUAGCGAGGUGUCUAGCGAGAUAUCUAGCGAGAUUACUUCUAGCGCGCUUACGUCUAGCGAGGUUUCUAGUGAGAUUACGUCUAGUGAGGCUUCCAGCUACAUAUCGUCUGAAAGUUCAGCUUCGUCUUCAAGCUCGUUACCACAAUCAUCUACGAGUUCACUGGAAUCAUCUUUGAGCUCUGAAAGUGUUUCUUCAAGCUCAAUUCCGUCAAGUCUGUCCACGUUGUCUAGUCUUUCUCUGUCAACCACAGAGUCGAGCAUUACAUCUUCAAGUGAAGUUCCCCUGGCAACAAUUUCUCUGUUGUCUUCAGAAACAUUUUCCAGUUCAGUUUCCUCAUCUUCCUUGGUGUUUUCUUCAAGUAUUUUGGAGUCGUCAAUUUUCCCGUCAAGUUCUGCCCCUUCAUGUACCGGAGACGAGUGUACAUCACUGUUAACGUCCUCCAUUUUGAGUUCAGAGGUAACUUCUGAAUCGUUGCUGAGCUCUGCAACAUCUUCUGCGAUUUCGUCGCUGACUUCAAUUGAAUCUUCCGUUUCAGUCGAAAGUUCGCUGACUUCUUCAUUCGAGACUUUACAGAGUUCUUCAAUCGAGACUUCACUGACUUCUUCAAUUGAAUCUUCCCAAAGUUCUUCAAUUGAAUCUUCACAGACCUCUUCAAUUGAAUCUUCACAGACUUCUUUGAGUUCACUGAGUUCACUCGCUUCCUCCUCUGUUCCAAUUUCGUCGUCCACCCCGGUAACUUCAUCGCAAACUCCCACAACAGAAUGUGACUGUGAAGACGACGAAGAUUGCCUGUCUACUCUGUCUGUGAUUUCUUCAACCUCAGAAGAGUGUGAAUGUGAAGAAACUGGUGGAUGUGAAACUCUGUCUUUUAUAUCGUCAACUACAGAGUGUGAAUGUGAGGAAACUGGAUGUCUGGAGUCUAGUAUCACAAGUACUACUGAAACGAGCUCAACAAGUUCAACUGAAAAAUGGUCAACCGCUAGUUCAACCACUAGUUCAGCUUCUAGUUCAACUGCUAGUUCAAGUGCUAGUUCAAGUGUGGACACUUUAUGUUCAUCUUCAAGUUCAGACACUAUAAGAUCUUCAAGCUCAUUAACUUCAUCAGACACUUCAAGUUCGGUUACUUCAAUCCCAGUUACUUCAUCUUCGGAGUCGAGUUCGGAGACUUUUACCAAAAAGACAAGUUCAAGUUCGACUUUGACUACUUCAACUUCAGAAACUUCGUCUUCUUCUUCAACUUAUACUUCAUCUUCGGGUACCUCUCGGGACACUUCUUCGGUUUCUACAACUUCGGUUACCUCUGGAUCUACCAGCUCUAGCAAGGUAUCAACAAGUGAGUCUUCAAGUUUCAUCAAAACCUCAGUUUCAAAUACCAUACCAGAAACAGAGACGACAAAAAUCACUACGCGGAAACUGCUGCUGGUUCUUGAAUCUUCAAUUACAUCCACAACGAUAUCGGACGGGUGUUCAGGUGAAACCUGUACAAACUGUACACCAACAGGACCAGUAGAAACUCCGGGAACUACCCUGGAAACUACUCUGGAAGCUACCCCAGAAACUACCCCAGAAAAUACUCCAGCUGAAACCACUCCAGUUGAAACUACCCCCGAGGAAACUACACCAGUUGACACUACUCCAGUUGACACUACUCCAGUUGAAUCAGAAACCACUCCAGUCGAAACUCACGAAACUACCCCAGUAGAAACUCCAGAAACUCCAGUUGAAACUACUCCAGAGGAAACUAUUCCAGUUGAGACUACUCCGGAGGAAACUACUCCAGUUGAGACUUCUGAAACUCCAGAAACUCCAGAACCUACUCCGGAAACUACACCAGUUGGAACAGAAACUGCUCCCAUUGAAACUUCAGAAUCACCAGAACCUUCUGAAUCCGUUCCCGAAACUACCUUAUCCACAUCCUACGAAUACCCCGAAACCACCGUCUUCCAUGAAACAACAAUCACCCAAAUUUGUUCCAAAACAAUUUGCAGCCAUUCGACUGUAGUGCUGCAAGUCACAUGCCAGGUUAGUGUCAGUACCAUUGUGGAAAACGGAUCUACGUCAUUGUCCACCUCGUACAGCACUGUUAACCAAACAUUGACCCAUGAAGCCAACCCAACUUCCGCAUCUCCAUACCCCAUCGAACCACUGCCAGAAACGCUGGAAGUCGAUGAGCACACCCAGACACCAGCGAGUCUGACACCAGCAAUUCCCACCUCUUCUCCCAGUUCUGUAUACAGCGGAAGUGGUUCAUCCUUGUCAAUUCCUCUGCUUCUCUCCAUAGUUAUAGCCUUUAUUCUUUAG